AUGCCACCGUCAAAUGAUAAUGGAUCAGAGAAUUUAAAGCAAUAUUGUGAAACUGGAAUGACUUUUAUUGAAAUUAAUAAUGAUAGAGAAGAAAUAAUAGGAGAAACAAUAGAAGGAGAAACAAUAGAAGGAGAAACAAUAGAAUAUACAAGAGAAGAAGAAACAAGAAACACAUUAAAUAAAUUGGGAUCAUUAAAAGCAUUGAUACAAUUGAUAUGUUUAUUCAUGUUGUCGGUUGUUAUAGUUUACUCAAUGUUACAAAUUAAUUUACCACCAUUUGAUGAUAAUCAAAAACAAAAACUUCGAUUACCAAAAUGUAUUGAAGAUCUUCAAGAAUUAAACAAAAUUUUGAGUGAAUACAUGGAUCAAUAUUAUUUUAACGUGAUGACUACUUAUUCUGUUGUCUACGUUUUUAUGUGGUUAUCAAUAUUAGGUGGAGCAUUAUUCGGAUUACCAAUAUCUUUAUUGAUUAUUUGCGGGUGUUCGGCUAUUGGGUCCUCGAAUUGUUAUCUCCUUUCUAAAACUUUUGGAAAAUCUUUGGUUCAUAGUAACUUCUCCACAAAACUUUCUACCUGGUCUUCACAACUUCAUGCUCAUUCUCGUCAUCUUUUAAAUUAUAUGAUCAUCCUCCGUUUAAUGCCUUUCCCUCCAAACUGGUUUGCCAACAUUGCUGCUCCACAUGUUGGCGUCCCAUUUUCCAUUUUCUUUGUCGGAACCUUUUUGGGUGUAGCCGGUCCAAGUUUAAUACAUGUACAAGCUGGAUUAACUAUAAAUAAUUUGACAAGUUCUGAUGAAUUUCAAAUUUUUAGUUGGACAAAUGUGGGUGCUUUAGUAUUAAUUGGUGUAGCAGUAUUAAUACCUGUAUUGAUCAAAAGACGAAAGGCAAAUUUUAGUAAUCAAGGAACAUACGGAACCUUUUCGAAUUUUAGAACUGAAGUAUCACAAACUGAAUAA